CCAUGUUAAUGACCCAUUUAACUACCGUUUGGGCUUUUCGGCUUUUCCCAUGACCCGGUGAUUCUUGUGCGAAUCGCCAAAUCCCUAGACUGCACAAUUGGCUUCGAGCGUUUGGGAGGACUUAAACCCCUGAAAAAGAACCGAACCCGAAUUUCUACUUGCAGCACAAAUGGAGGAAACGAACAUGGAUGAGAACGAGCAGAGCCGGGAAGCGGAGGUCGCUCCGGCUCUAAUCGCUGUUCACCCGAGUCAAGAUUCCGUUGCCGUCUCCGUCGGGUCGGACCUCCGCGUCUUCAAUCUCCUCCGAUGUCAUUCAGAGUCAUUGUCGGACGAUUCUGGGGGGAACAUGCACAGGGACUCAAUCAGGGCGAUUCGAUAUGGCGCGGAAGGGAAGCUAUUUGUGUCUGCAGGAGAUGACAAGCUUGUUAAGAUUUGGAAUACUGAUUCUUGGCGAUGUAUUCAUACUAUUUUAUCAGAGAAAAGAGUCAGUGCUGUUGCCAUAAGCAAGGAUGGUUGCUUUGUUUGCUUUGCAGACAAAUUUGGAGCGGUUUAUGCAACAGAUUUAGAUAACGUUCAUGAAAAGCGAGAUAUUCCUGACAAGAAAGCAGUUUUAAUUCUUUCACACUAUUGCAGCAUUAUUACUAGCCUGGAGUUUUCACCAGAUGGACGCUUUAUCAUUAGUGCUGACCGUGACUUCAAAAUCCGUGUCACUUUAUUCCCCAAAAACCCAUUAAAUGGAGCUCAUGAGAUCCAGAGCUUUUGCCUCGGUCAUACCGAGUUUGUCUCCUGCCUUGCCUUUGUUUGCAAUCAAGAUUGUCCACAAGGCUUUUUAGUUUCUGGGGGCGGUGAUUCAACAGUUCGCUUGUGGGACUAUGUCUCUGGUUCUCUUCUAGACACAUGUCUUGUUGGAGCACAGGCAGGAGCUGCACUGUCAAAUGGAGGUGAAGAAGAUUUUGUUCCUGCCAUAACUGAUAUAUGUGCCACUCCGGAUGGAUCACUAAUUGCAGUAGCUGUUCAGAGCUUGCCAGGAGUUAUGCUGUUGACCUGUGACCUUUCCAUGACAAGUCUCGCUCUUUUCAAAGUUGUCCCCAUUGUUGGUUCGGAAACCUUCAUCCCAACGAGCUUGGGGACUGCCACGUCAGCAGAUGUGUUAUGGCUGGUCAUGGGCGUGUCGGGUCUGAACGGUUCUUCUGAAUCGACCGAAGGAUCAUUGGUACGCGUGAGGGUUUUAUCCGGUUUCAAGAAGAGUCUUGAGGAAGAAACAUCCCUUCUUGAAGAUAAAGAUGUGCCCGGAGGAGAAGAAAUGCUCCGGAAACUGCAAGGGGAUCUGUGUGUCAAAACGGAGGCCUUCUUGACCGCCGCGGAAGCAGUGAAGGCCGCGAUGAGGAAUCUUUUCAUCAAGAAACAGUACUCUGCCGAUACCCGGGAGUUCAGAAAGAGGGGCCGGAACGACAGAAAAGGAAAGAAGUAAUGGUUUUAAUAAGGUUGUCCGGCGGUCUUCUCGUAAGGUGCUGUUGUAAAACUAGGUUGUUUAGUGUGUGUUAAUUUUAUUGGUUUUUGGUUAUUCAUGAGGCCAGACUUUUAAGCUAGUACCGGAUUCCAACUAUAGCAUUUUUGAAUUUUAAUGGGGUUGUUUGAUGUGUUAUUUGGAACUGUUGUUUCGGUAAGAAAUUCUUCUUGAAAUG